UGCUAGAAAUGUGAUAAUGUUGCCGGAAAUGUGUAGUGUCACGUUAUGUGGUAUGUGUAAUAUUAUUCAACGAUUAUUUGCUGAAGUUAUAAAAGUAUGAAGUACAAAUUAAGAAACAAUGCUAAUCAUGGCACUUGGUGUUCUUUAUUAUUACCCUGCUGUUUAUUUCCUUUCAUGAUAAAGUUUAGCAGUGGUAUUUACAUACUUCUAUUUAAUAUUUGUUUGUGUACAUUACUUGUUCCUAUUGUCCAAGAAAGUAAGAGAAAUGACUAUGAUUGGCUGAGGGACAAAGGCUAUAAUUUGGUACUUUCUAUACCACCUUCAUUAUUUAUAUGGCAUUUCUUUUCAUAUAAUUUUUUGCUCAUUUAUACAUUAUGUUUGUUUGGUAUUUUGUGCUACAACUACUUAGUAAAAAAUUUACUUAUAAAGUGUCCUGGAAGUUUUACUUAUGGAGAAGCACAAGUCAUAUCCCAGGGUAUUAUGCUGUUUGUAUUGUACAGCAUUGCUACUUUAUUAAGCAAGAUUGUCGAAUUACGUAAUUUUCCAGCAGUAGCAACUGUUCCCGAGUCAGUCAUAUGUUUACAGAUUUUACUUUUAGGAUGUCUUUUACUUGUGCACACUUUGUGUCUAAUUCCUUCUUUGAGGCAAGGAAUUAAUUUUGUCUUCUGUUGUACUACAUUUUCGGGCAUUAUGAUGUAUGCUUGGCAUGUGACUUUGAAGAAAGAUAUAUUCAUCUGGAUGUGGUUGUAUUGUUUGCAUGAUCAAAAACGAGUUUUUCUCAUUUUAUUUUGGCUUCUGUCUACAUUUUCUUCUGUCACAUUUGUUAUUUGGGUCAACUAUAAACCGAAUUAUAAAGCUUCAACCCUUGUUAGGAAAUAUUUCCACUUAAUUAUAUGCAUUAUCUAUGUGCCUGGUAUAUUUUAUGAUCUUGAUCUAUUAAGACUUGCAUCAGGAAUUGCUUUGACUGCUUUCAUUGUUUUAGAGAUGUUUAGAAUCCUUAAUAUACCAAUAAUUGGCCCUGCUAUCAAAAGUGCCUUUGAAGUUUUUCUUGAUGAGAAAGAUUCCGGUGUUUUAAUUUUAACCAACAUCUAUUUAUUGAUAGGUUGUUCCUCCCCUAUUUGGCUGACUGGAUACAUUUCUGGAACAAAAGGAUAUCACAUUUCCUUACUUAGUGGAAUUAUAUCAGUAGGAUUUGGUGAUGCAGCAGCUUCUAUGGGUGGUACAUUUUUUGGAAAACAUCAUUGGGCAGGUUCAAAUAAAACAUUUGAAGGCAGUAUUUGCGCAGUUGUUACUCAGUCAAUUGCAUCAUUUUACUUUUUGGUGCUUGGUCAUGAACUCUCGUUGUACAAUAUUACAAUCAUUAUUAUAGCAGUGUUACUUACAUCACUUAUAGAAGCCAAAACUACUCAAGUGGAUAAUCUGGUUUUACCUUUGUUUAUGUUUUCUUUUCUUUGUUGGAUUCAUUAAUAAAAUGCUUUUUAUAUAAUGAUAUAAUUGUGAAUGUAUGGUUUUAA